AUGCAAAGAUCCUUGGGUUCUCCAAUUGAUAAAAAGUCAAUGAUGUAAAGAAAUAAUACGUCUUUAAGAAAUUUGGCAGAGAAAUCAAUCUUUGCCAAAUAAUAACUCAGUAAGUAAAGAAGAUUUAUGAUUGUUUAGAAAAAGAAGCUAAUCUAUAAAUCUUUAAUAGUUAGAUGAACCCUCUGUUCAUUAUUCACAUCCAAUAGAAACGAAGCGAGUAUCAAUGGCAAGUGUGGCAUUGAUAUAAAAUGAUUCUAAUGAAUGUUUUUAAAAAGUUCUUGGAUCUAAGUAAGGAUCAAAAGAAGGGAGCGGAGAGGAGGAUGUGGGAAUGGUUAGCAGCGACAUAAAACCAACAAAGAUUAGAAGAUUGUCUCGUCUAAAAGAUAUUGAAUUACCAUAGCCACUUAACUUCUCACUAAUCAUAACCCAAUCGAGUAGAUUAAAAUAAACUUGGGAUGCAGUAAUUUUUAUAGUAUUAAUGUAUCAUUAUACGAUUUAUUAGAUAUGUUUGCAUAUUUACACCAUAUAAGAUGGCUUUUAUAGAAGAUGGCGAUUUCCCUGGUUGGGAUGGUUUUGAUAAUUCAGUGGAUUUUCUAUUUAUGGCAGAUAUGAUUUUCACUUUUUUAAGUUCUUAUUAUGAUGAAGAGAAUAAUUUAGUAAAGGAUCCAAAAUAAAUAGCAAUAAACUAUUUAAAAGGAUGGUUUGCUGUAGAUCUUAUAGUAUAUUUUGAAAGAUAAUUCAUAGUCUUGUUUUCCAUUCCAAUUCAUCUUCCAAGAUUAGGAUAAAUCUAGCAAUAUUGCCAGAUUAUCGAAACUGCCUAAAAUAUACAGAGUUAUAAAAAUGGUAAAAAUAUUCAGGAUGAUUUAAUUGAAAGACGUUGAAUACAUAAAAGUGAUUAACAUAAAUAUUGGAAGUGAAAGAUUUCUAUAUGCAUUUAUUUUACUAGCAUUCAGUUGUCAUGUGACAGGAUGUAUAUGGUUUUUCAUAGCCUCCUUAUCUGAAGAUCCUGAUUGGGAAUAUAAUUUUAUUUCUGGAUAUGAUCAAUACAUUGUUUCAUUAUAUUGGGCAGUACAAACUAUAUUAACAGUUGGAUAUGGUGAUGUUAAAGUUUAUAAAUGGCCAUCAUUUUUAUUUGCUAUCUUUUGGAUGCUAGUCUCUGUGUACAUAUUUUCAUUUGCAGUUGGUUCUUUAGCAUCAUUUUUAGAUAGGUUAGAUCAUGCAAAUUCUAUAUAUGUAAAUCGACUUUCCACUUUAAAAAAUAUUAAAAAAGAAUUCCAUAUUUCUAAUGCAAUCUUUUAAAAAGUAAAAAAAGAAUUGAAAUCAGGUAAAAAAAAUUUAUUACUCAAUUAUAAUACACUUUUAGAAGACUUGCCACCAUAAUUGAGGAUUGAAUUAGCAUUCAUUAUGAAUAAAUAAUUAUAAGAAGAAAUUAAAUAUUUCUAAGAUAAGGCACCAACUUUUAUUGCUGCAAUCGGACCUGUUUUAACUCCCCUUAAAGUAGGAGCUCAUGAAUAUCUAUUUAUGACUGGAGAUAAUGCAGAAGAAGUUUAUUUCGUUAAGAGUGGAAAAUUAGCAUUAGUAAUCCCAGAUAAUGAUAAUUUUAAAUUCUUAAUGAUCAAACCGGGAUCUUACUUUGGUGAAAUCGAUAUCUUGUUUUAUGGAGAAAAAAGAAAAUACACAAUUAUGACUACCAAAAAAUGUGAAUUUUAUGUACUAUCCAAAAAACAUUUUAAACUCAUCUAUUUAAAUUAAUUCAGAGAUGAAGGAGCUAAAAUGAUCAAAGAAGCUUAAUAAAGAAAACAAAUGAUUAAAUCUGCAUAUGAAGAAGCAGUUCAAUUUAUUGAAGCCCAUGGUGAAAAACAUUUUAGAAGAAAUCAAUAGACUUCUUCUUAGGGUAUUUAACUUAAACAUAUGAAUUCAGUCUCAAGCUCUAAAAGCCCAUAAGAAAGUAAAAUUUGCACAUAUAAUAAGUAUCAGUAUCUAAUUAAAAAUUCUAAUUGGAAAAAAUUAUUUAGGAGGAGAAUGAGGAUGAUGAUCAAGAGAGAGAAACUGAGGCCUUAAUGUCUUUAAUGGAUAGAUAGUAAUUUAGAAAAAAGAUCUCUCAACUUGAAAAGUAAAUAUAAUUAAAAGAUCAAACCAUCUUAGCAAUUUAAUAAGAACUUGAUGAGUUAAUGACUGAAAUCUAAUUAAAAAAUUUAGAUGCCUUGCAAGAAAAAAUAAAAGUACCUAAAACAUUUGAAGAACACUUAUAAUAAAGGCGCUUUUUGAAGGCUAAUCAAAAACUGAAAGAUAAGUUAAAAAAAAGAAAAAGUAGGAAAGUUUCAUUACGUUUCUCAUUUAAGUAAACAACUUCUCUAAGUGGAUCAGAAAAAAAUUGUAAUUCCCUCUCUCCUUUAAAAUUAGAUUUUGAAUAAGAUUGA